AUGAGUAGAAACACGCGAUAUAAUAAGAAAUUGACAAAAAUUACCAACAUCAAUGAGGAUUGUUCUGAGGUGUCCUACGCAGAAGAUCAAUAUGAAUUAGGUGAAAGUGAUGAUUACAGUAAAGAUUCUGAAUCCACUGAAACUGCAGAAAUGGAAGGAUCUUCGGAUAGUGAAGAAGAAAACCUCUUCAAUAUACGUCGUAACAAGAAAAGGAGGCGGAUUAUUUCUAGUUCUGACACCGAGGAUGAGAGGACGAGUAUUCCAAGUACAUCCAGAGAUGUAAUGGAAGAAAUUGAAAUUGUAGUUGACGGGACACGGUGGGUGAGACUGAAAGCAGGGAAAAACUAG